UUACUGUUCCAUUUACUGCUACAAUUUCAAAUAAAUUCUUUUGUGCUACUUGUUCGUCCUUUCUUUCUCUACCAGACGAUUAUUGCACAAGUCAAUCACGCCAUCGGUGCGGAAGGCGUUGUCAGUAUUGAAUGCAAACAAGUUGUUGACCAAUACGGGAAGAUGAUAUUGGACCUCCUCAUUGCACAGACACGGCCAGGAAAGGUAUGCAGCCAAAUCGGCCUAUGUGUAUUUGAUGGAACUCUACCUGCCAGUACUGGCAUUAAAUCUGUGCUUGACAAGGAAAACGUGAAUUCUUCUUCUCGUAAUGAAGAUUUGUUCUGCACUGCUUGUGAAAUGGCUGUAGUAUGGAUUAAGAAUCAGCUUCGGGAGAAUCAAACUGAGGAACUAAUACUAAACUAUGCUAAUGAGCUAUGUGGACGGCUUCCAAGUCCCAUGGGAGAAUCAGCUGUGGACUGCUCUCAGUUAUCAAGCUUGCCAGAUAUCUCUUUUACAAUUGCAGACAAAAGCUUUGUUCUGACUCCAGAACAG